AGAAGCAGUUUCCUUCGAUUUCUCCAAAAAAGUGGAAGUUAUUCAGACCACUUCUCCGACGGUUAUCUCCACGUCGUACUCAAAUCCACGACGUGAUGCUCAUCUUGCGGUUGUUCACAACCCUCUUCUAUUUAAGAGAAGAUCUGCAAAUGGAUUUCAAACAAGUUCUCAAGCAAUUUGCUCUGUUCUUACUUACCCCUUUCGAUUUUACUCUGUCCUUACCAAAAUGGCUGAUAAUUUACGGAGAGCAGUUCAAGAGAUUAACUUGGGGGCGGAUGAAGAUCCAUUUGUCAUACCGGAGGAGAUUGUGGCAAGGGCGGAAGCCGAGAAUCGAUUCAUCCUGUUGGGACGACCAGUUGCCACGGAGACAAAACCUCCGCUCAAUUGUAGCCUCGAUGCCACGAGUAUGGGGACAAUCCAGUCUAGUCCAUGGGCGGAUAAUCCCGGGUAACCAAUUUCAGUUUGUCUUUCCAUCGGAGGAAUCACUUGAGACAGUGAUUAGGCGUGGACCGUGGGCUUUCAAUGACCGAAUGCUGAUACUUCAACGCUGGACUCCAUUGAUGAAUCCUCCACUCAUCAAUUUCAUACCUUUCUGGAUCCAAGUUCGUGGGAUCGCGUUACAGUACCUUACCCUUGAAGUCAUCAACUCUAUUGGGCGUGCUCUUGGCAACCUGGCGGACGUGGAUUAUGAUGCAGAGACUGCAGCACGAGUUGAAUUUGUGAGAAUCCAGAUCAAUUGGAACAUUGACACACCUGUCAUGUUUCAACGUAAUUUCCAAUUUCAACGGGGAGUCAACACUUUACUCAGGUUCCGUUUUGAGCGACUCAGAGGCUUCUGUGAAGUCUGUGGUAUGCUCACUCAUGACUCAGGAGCCUGUUUGAUCCAGAAUGGAGGUGAAGAAGACCACCAAGAUGGGGAUGAUGAUGACCAUGCUGAACCAAACCCUCCGGUGAAUCAGAACCAAAAUCAGGGAGUUGUUAUCCGGGAGAUUGAAGCGGAUGAGGCUAAUGGUGAUGUCAUGGAGGAUGAGCCGGCGAUGGCAGUGGUAAAUGAAGCUGAAGAAAUUGAAGCUAUUGCAGACAUUGACCCACACCACAAUGCUCUGGUGGACUAUGAGGAUGAGCAGGAGGAUAGAAUGGCUCUCAGCAUUUUUCGUGGUGAAUGGGAUGCGAAUGAGCUUUUCAACCCGGUGCCGAUCUUUGAGAAUUCAACGGGUGAUAUCCCGGGCUCUGAGGCUAACCGUGUCUACUCUGCAAACAUCCAUCCAAGGACUGAAAUCAUGGAAGAGACCUUGCGAGUUAGAGAAGAGGUUGCUGUGGAAAGAGGAAAACGCAAAAAGGAAGACACAAUUGAGCAAUCAGAGGAGACAGUGAACACAAAGGUAAAGUUCCAAGAACUGGAGGAAGGAAGCAGCUCUUCUCACAAGAGCAACCAGUGCAGAGGCGCGCAAGGAGACGACAAGAUCAAGGAAGUCGCUAGUGAUCUGAAUUACCCGCACUAUGUAACAGUUCCACCACGUGGGCCUGGCUACAAAUCGUCUUUUAUCUGGAAAUCACUAUUGGAAGGAAGAGACCUUUUGAGAAAAGGGAUGAGAUUUUUAAUUGGGAAUGGAAACACUACUCAGGCUUGGCUCGACCCAUGGCUACCGAAGCUCGGGGUGGCAUAUGGACCUGUUACGGGAGCUGAUUGUGGAGGAGGACAUUCAGAUAUGCUUGGCUGGCACUAUACAGAUUCUGGAAUUUACACAGUCAAGUCUGGAUAUUGGUUAGCUUCACAUUCUCAAGAAUAUCAAGAAGACAUUCAACCACCACCAGGAUCCCAAGUUAUAAAGGACGCUAUUUGGAAGAUGAGAACAGCCCCCAAACUUCAACAUUUCUUAUGGCGAAUGAUCUCAAAUGCAUUGGCUAUGAAGACGGAGCUUGCUAGGAGGGGAGUGGCCAUUGACACUAUCUGCAAAAGAUGCCAGCGAUCAGAUAAAACUACGGCUCAUUUGUUCUUUGAAUGCCCUCACGUUCAGGAAAUUUGGAAGGGUAAUCAACAACUUCAUCACAUUAUAUGCAACCCGACUAACUCUUUUAUGCUCAAGAUCAAGGCGGUAAUCGAGUGCUACAACAACGAUAACUUGUCUAGUCUAGAGCAUCAGAUACCAAUCUGGACCUUGUGGAGAAUUUGGAAAAGCCGGAAUCAACUCCUUUACCAAAAUUUGGAGAGCACAUGGCAACACGACACCAUAAAAUCAAUAGAAGAGGCAACAGAAUGGGUAUCAUGUUGGCAAGAUGACCUCUCACGGAAUGCUACACCGGAUAGUCUUCAGAGGAAUUCAAGGCGCUCACACUGGAAAAAACCACGACAGGAUUUUAUCAAGUGCAACUAUGACUGCAAAUUCUCCCAGAAUGGUAACGAGACUCGAUCAGCUUGGAUAGUCAGGGACUCUGAUGGUUUCUUUAUACGAGCAGGGCUAAGCAGAGGAGGGCGUGUUUUAUCAGUUUUAGAGGCAGAGUUGCAAAGUUUGGUUAUGGCGAUGCAACACACAUGGAGUCAAGGUAAUAGAAGAGUCAUCUUUGAGGGAGAUAAUCAAACUGUUUUGAAGCUGGGAAAACAACAAAGCGGCUGAUAGAUUGGCAAAAAGUUCUAUUAGAAAUCAUAGUAGUUUUGUAUCUUUCUUUCAUGUUCCAAGUUCAAUUGUAAACAUCCUCCAUGAGGAUCACCUUUCUCAUUAAUUAAUUGAAGCUGUUAAA